UCUCUCCUCUCCUUGCACCGCAUUCUCUCCUUCUGCUAUCUCUCCUCUCCCUUCCCCACCCCUCUCACUGAACAGUUCAAGAGUGUAAAUGACUACAUCAAAAAGGUCAAAAAAGUGGAUGACAUCAUCAGAGAAUGUGGGAUGAUGCUGGAUGGUCUAGAUGCUCUCCUCACUUAUCCUCUGGUGGGAGAGAUGGUAGCAGAGGGUAUGGAUAGUGAAGUAUUGCAAGCCACCCAGCAGCAGGGUGACUUGUUUGAAACCUCUGCCAUGUUCUCUGGCCUGCUGGGGUCCAGCCUCCUGAUACUGAAACCCAACCCCCUGGUCCUGGCUCUAGAGAAGUACAGCUGCUUCAGGACUCUGCCUAACUUUCCUGACGUCCGUACCAGCGACGCUGAGAGCUGCUUUGCUCUGCUGCAACAGGGGCUUCACCGCUGCCAGAAACUGGUCACCACUGCUCUUCUCAAAGUCCUCCGCUCACCCAAGAGAAGCAGUGCCGUUGGGUGGAUGGCAGCAGUGGUGUCUCUGAAUGAAGGGAGGACGGGUCCAAGGUUCAAACGUGGAGAGGGGGUAGCUGGAGCAUGCUCAGACGGUUACAUGGUGAACUUCUGUGCCGUCAUUCUGGAAUUGUGUAAACCGUUCUUCACCGGCAGCCCCUCGGGCCCCAAACUGAGUCUCAUAUCUCCCGACUACCCCUCCUCUCCCUUCUCACGGCUGGACCUUCACGGAGAACCCUGCUUCGCACAGACCAUCAUCAGUGCAGAGGAGAGGCUCAAAACUGGCCCAGCACGGUUUUCCCCCGAUGGUUCUCCGUUCAAGUUUGUGUGCGAGUGUUUCUACGUUGCUCAGAGGGCGCUGCACGUUGGCCUCAUCCCCGCCCUCAACUCAUUCACCACGAUACUGUCUGAUCUCAGCAAGGAGAUUGCGGCCGAAGUCCCUGACAGGAACGAGAAACUACUGAAGGAAUUGAACGCUCUGUACCUGCUCACGGGGACCUGCUGUCUGCUGGACCCUCAACUCGUCCAGGAGGCCAGCCAGUUCUACAUCACUCAGUCUGUCUGGAUCAUACAUAUCUUGGAGAAAUGUAGCCAAGAGGGAGGGACGCGAGAGGCGGUGGAGGAGAGACAGAGAAAGGUGAUGAGUGGUCUGCCAGAGUUCUGCGUCAGAGACAUGACCGUGUGGUUCAGGGUCGUGGUUCUAAUGAGACCAAUCCUCCUCCAGGGUCUCCAGGUAUGCAGGUCUCCAGGUACAUAG